GCCAUCCUCGCUAUACCUACUGCCGACGACCUACGCGCAACUGUUGAAACUCUGCCACCAUGGAUCCCUAUUCCUCUCAGAACUAUUAUCAACAGCAAUAUCCGUACCAGCAGGGUGCUAGUGGGAGUACCGACUACAACCCGUAUCAUCAGCCAUACCAAGGCCCUAUGUACCCGAUCCCGGGCUCGUCAACCUCUGCCCACAAUGCACCUGUACCUGCCAAUGCCUAUGAAUACGACGUUGGAAUAGUUGCUCAGCAGAGCGCCUACGUUCCAGGUGCUACUAUAGACAAACGCGGCGGCGCAGGAGGCAAACUGGCGAAGGGUGGUAAGCGAACCACCGUCCUACGCAAAGGCGGGGGAAAGGUCUGGGAAGACCAAACGCUGCUCGAAUGGAACCCAUCUUGGUUCCGCCUCUUCGUGGGCGAUCUCAGCAACGACGUGUCCGAUGACGUGUUAUCCAACGCCUUCAGCCAGUAUGCAACCUUCACAAAGGCGCGGGUCAUUCGAGACAGGCUCAGUGGCAAGGCUAAAUUCGGAUUUGUCGCUUUUUCUGACCCUGAAGACUUCCUCAAAGCUUGGAAGGAGAUGGAUGGCAAGUAUGUUGGCAACCGACCCAUUAAGCUGAAGAAGGCGGAUAACGCUGUCAACCCGGUAGAGAUCGGUCACCGGAAAGCCAAGCAGCUUGAGAAGGAGCUGAAGAAGAACCGCCACAAGCCCUACUAAGCUGUCCAGAGCCACGGUUGGAGGGCGGCUCGGAGUCGGCUGGUAUGAUGUGAGUUUGGACAAUACACCUCGGUAUUGACACCGACCAGAUAGUAGCUACGUCUCGUAUAUAUACGUGUAUGAUUAACGUCUACAUUGCGUGAAUCAAUGUAUGCUUGCG